AAUAUUCGUUUCGAAUUCGUUUCGUUAACACCCCUAGGGUUUUAGAGCGGCCACAUCUAGGGUUUAAGAGUUCUACAAAAUCCCCCCAAUUUCUACUUGUUCAUCAUUAGCAAUGUCUGCCAAUGAAACGCCACAGCACGCUGAGCAAUGGAACGAUUCGGAAGAAGAUGAUGACAUGGAGGAACAGAACUGGGAUGAUUUCGUAGCUGACGAAGAAGAUGAUGAAGAGUUUGAUUCUGUCAUGCUCUGUUUGUUCUGUGCUUCCACCUACAAAUCAAGUGACGAGCUUUUUCAACAUUGUAAAGCGGCUCAUUGUUUCGAUUUUUCGAGCCUUAAGAAUGAUCUCAAGCUCGAUUUCUAUGGGUGUUUUAAGCUCAUUAACUAUGUUCGCUCUCAGGUUGCAAAGAAUAGUUGCUGGGCUUGUGGGUGUAGCUUUGGGUCUAAGGAAGAUCUGCAUGGUCAUUUGCAUGAUAUUGUCAAUUUUAAAGAAUGUACACGUCCAUGGGAUGAUGACAAGUAUCUUAACUCCUUCUUGCAAGAGGAUCCUCUUUUGCACAAUUUCUUUGAAGAUGACGAAUACGAAGGGGGUUACAAUGUAUUAGCUGAUGAUGAUGAGCUAGGGAGAAUUUGGAGUGGUACUGAGAGAAUGAUGAUUGACGAUGAGACUGAUUUGGAAACAAUGGCACCUGAAUGUAACUCUCCCUUGGAAGAUGGAUCAAAGCAGAUUGUUUAUGCUUUAGCAACCCAUUCCAUUUCGGAAGUUCCGUUGGUUAAGGAUACCGUGAGCAGCAGCGAUUUAAGCAAUGGUGGCACAUCGUUUAGCUAUCCUAACAAUAAGCCCUUGCAAAAAUUUUCUGCAAAGAUUUCAGAAAAUGAAAUUAUGAAUGUGAACAGAAGUUAUUUUGGAUCUUACAGUUCAUUUGGCAUCCACAGGGAGAUGAUCAGUGAUAAGGUAAGAACAGAUGCCUAUCACAGAGCACUUACAGACAAUCCUUCUCUUCUAAAAGGGGCUGUUGUGAUGGAUGUAGGUUGUGGGACUGGCAUACUAAGUCUGUUCGCAGCCAAGGCAGGGGCAUCUAGGGUUUUUGCAGUUGAAGCAAGUGACAAAAUGGCUGCAGUAGCUAGUCAAAUUGCUAAAGAGAAUGGCCUCUUGUGUGAAAGCAAGGCAGAAGGUAGCAAUGAGUGCUCGGGGGUGAUAAACGUUGUACAUGGUAUGAUCGAAGAUGUUAGUUCAGAACAUGUUAAACCCCAAAGCGUUGAUGUGCUAGUGAGUGAAUGGAUGGGAUAUUGCCUACUCUAUGAAUCAAUGCUCAGCUCUGUACUUACUGCUCGUGAUAAAUGGUUGAAGCCUGGGGGAGCCAUUUUGCCAGACACGGCAACUAUGUUUGUUGCUGGAUUCGCAAAAGGUGCUACCAGUAUUCCAUUUUGGGAAGAUGUAUAUGGUUUCAGCAUGUCUUGUGUUGGCAGGGAACUUGUUGAAGAUGCUUCAAAACAUCCCAUAGUGGAUGUUGUGGAUCCUCAAGAUAUAGUAACUAAUGCUGUGGUUCUACAGACUUUUGACUUGGUGACACUGAAAUCUGAAGAAAUGAACUUCACGGCGACAGUUGAGCUAGAACCAAAGUUCGAUGCCUCUAAAAUUAAUACAGGUUCAGAAUCCAGAACAAUGUGGUGUUAUGGAGUUGUUUUAUGGUUUGAGAAUGGCUUUACUAGUAGGUUUUGUCACGAAAACCCUGUCAUUCUGUCCACUUCACCAUAUACUCCCAGCACACAUUGGUCCCAGACAAUAUUCACUUUCAAGGAACCAAUUGCACUAUCAUCUGGAAAAUCCAAGGCUAAUAUAUCUUCACCUGUUGGUACAGAAGCUAGCCCAGCAAUGAAAUUGCGCUUGCGCAUCAGUAUUGCACGUGCUCUGGAGCAUCGCAGCAUUGACAUUGCCAUUGAAACAACUGCUAUUGGAUUUGAAGGGCGGAAACACAGUUUGCCGGUGCAAAUAUUUAAUUUAUGCUAGAUGACAAUUCUCAUCCGGCACCAGUAGUCCAGAAAAGGCGUAUGAGCAUUACAUUCCCCUUUGAGGGCAUUGAUACAGUGUUGUGCCCUUUUUUCGGUUUUUUCUUGCCCAGGGGUCGAGAUGACUCAAGUUAGGUGUCAUCUUCGAGUGUUAUUGUAUUAAUGUGCCAUAGGCUGAAAGUAAAAUGUUGUCAUAUACCUUAUAUUUAAUUUUUUGUAACUUUAUAGUUCAUAAAUUUUGUUUAGAAUUUAUUUAAAAUUAUGCUCAAUUUGUAACA